GAGCGUUAAUGCUGAGACUGUCGCUCAUUGACAUCUCCAUUAUUUUUUAAUCUAAUCCUUUGUUUUUCCGUGAAUUUAUCCAGUAAUAGCACAAUGAGGGAGAGUAAUUAUAUUAAAAUAGUUUCACUGUGGUUAAUCGUUUCAUUCUUAGAACACUUUUAUUUUCGGAGAAAGAAAAACUAACAAAGAGUAGUUUAAAAAAACAUAUGUGGAUUUCUAAACGGAAACGUUGAUAAAAUACACAACAUCGCAGUAACAUACCAAGAGCCAAGUACAGUUUUCAAUUUGCUUCACAUAAUCAGCAAUUCAACUUUUUUAGCAAGAUGAAGUAUUUGAUCGCAUCCUGUAUACAGAACAUGUCCUCUAAUUCUUCUUCCGAUGUAUGUAACUUUAAAACCGACGUUGCUUUGGAAACCAGUAUGCUGUUUUCUGGUUUGUCCAUCGUGUCGCUUGUUUUAAUGUCAGCUAUACUGUAUUUGUACUCAAAAGGGAACAAGAAAUCUUUGGGAAACGAAUGCAAUCUUGGGAUGCUGUUCUUUUCAAUUUUAGUAACGGUGACGGCUGACUUGUCUUAUCAAGAAGUACAAAGAAAAACGUACUUUAUUUAUGAGAUUGUCGUAAUUUUUGUAUUCGGAAUCGGCAUCAUAUGUUAUGGAGCGUACACAUUUUUCGACAUAAGACGUCAAGACGACGACAUAAAAGCGAUAGGUGAAGGUAAUCCCCAUAUGUCGUUUUUUACUUGGAUAAUUACAUUACUGUUAGCCGUUCUAGAAUUAUUUUUAUUCAUUGGUGCUUUGAUUGAGAAUGAUUUUCUCUCAGCGCUUUUAAUCAUGGCAGAACUGAUUCAAAAACUUUUGCAGGCUGGAUUGUACCAUUUUGAUUUACGUCACAGAAUUCCUGCCAAAAACAAAGAAUGUGGUGCAUCAUGGUAUCUAAAAAUUAUUGCCCUGUUUAAUUUUUCCAUGUGGCUGGAAUCAAUAAUGGUAGCAGAUAAAGUUGGAGAAAAAAUAGUAAAAGAUGUUCUAAAAGGGGGUUACAGUGUGUUUGCAUCUAUUCACGCCGCCAUGUUGAUAGAUUAUCGUCUGCUUUUGUGUAUGCUAUUCAUUGAGCAUUCUCUUGUCAUUGAUCAUCGACUUGCACAAAAUGAAAACAAAAAUAAAUCAAGAACAUGCAGCCCUCUGGAAGAACUUACAUUUCCAUCUUUGGAGAAGGAAGAGAUAUUUAAAGUUGAGACAUCUAGACUUGCAGGAUUGGGGUUCAUAUGUGGUAUGUGUCUAGCUGCAUUGCAGUUAAUCAAUGCUCUGCAGUACACUGAAUAUCUUGGUCCUUGGACAGGCUUAUUCGGCAUUUCAGCUGAUAUUAUUGUUGCUAUCUGCGUCGGAUUUCUUAUAAGACAAGUUGGUACGUUGCCACUGUCAAUAAAAAAACACAAAGAAAGGCUUCCACUGGGUGUUGAUAUUUUGGUGGUAGGGAUGGGCACCAUAGGGCUGAUAUUCUGGGUGUUAAAAGGUGCGAUGGCUACGAUUUGGGCUACGCGAGUUUCAGCUAUUCCACAAUCGCAUCGUGAAUACCAAUACUUAUGUUGGAAUGGAACAAAAGCUUGCUUGAGACCUCUAUCCAUACUAAUUCAAGUUUACUUCUUUGCGACUACCGACAUUGAAUCCUUAGUAAAAGUUCAAGUUAAAAAAAAAAGAUCUAACCAUUUUUUGAUACCGUUCUUGAUGAUGGCUUUUCUUUCCGUGUUUUUAAAUUCUCUAACCGACGUAUACGACGGCUUGGUCGAAGAGUUAGCGGAAGAAGCAAAUAUGAGCAUGAUUGUGUUGGUUUUAUACAAGUGCGGAGAGCCCAUACAUCUUGGAUUCGCUCUUCACAUGUUUGUUCAUCUUUUUAUUGUCAAUAAAAAGCUUAAAUCUGUCCCUCUUAUGAGAAGAUAUGAUCGCUUGUAUGAUGAAGCACACAGAACCAAUCCCAGGCUUGAAGUCGACUAUGACGAUCAUUCAGAACAACCGUUGGGUUCAGAUCAUCAUGUUUACAAUAAAAGACGACCGCUGCAUCCGAAAAAAUUCGUCACACAAUGAAUUUGAGGAUUUAUGUAAAGGUUGUCCAAACAAGAUUCACGUUGCUCUUUGUAAAUUAAUUUUAGCUACACAGCAAUAGAUUCGAG